CAGCCCUGGGUUCACCGGAGCUUAAGCUUGCAGCAGGAAAACUUCCAUCUCGCUCUCCUGGCUUUGAUCCUCACUGGACAUCAGACCAGAGGCACCGAAGGGAGGGAGGAUGCGAGAUGACUGGCCCUUUGGCAACCUGACCAUCUCCUUAGCAGAGCCUUCAAAAGCAAGCCAGGGUUGGCUGCACGAUCAAGGAGGCGCUGUGCCUAUCGUGGAUGUGUGUGUGUGAGUGAGUGAGUGAGCGAGUGUGUGUGAGUGCGAGUGUGUGUGAGUGUGGGAGCGUGUGUGCACAUCACAGCUGGGUAAGUGUGUCUGGAUGAGUGUGCGUGUGAAUGCGUGAAUGUGUUUGUGUGCAUGUGUGUGUGCGACUGCUCUUGGUCAUUAUUUUUUUUUUUGGAAGAAAAUCUGAAAAUCUGGGGCAGGUUACCAUGCUCCAAGGGUGAUUCUUCCUUUGCAUGAGGAGCUGACCAGAGCAAGCUCCUAGAGCCAUUUCUCAGCAAGUAAAAGAGAAUUUUCCUCCCAGAAAGAGAAGGAUUUUCUCCACUGCUCUGCAGCCGAGUAAAAGAGAUUAGCUCCUAAACCUGUGAAAUCGACCAGAGCCUUGUGAUUACCAGGGCUUGAGAGAGGACUCAGGAAGAAAAGGAGAAAUAAAUCAAAGAGCCUGUCAGUUCCUUUGGCCACGUCGGAAGAUGUCAUCUCAAACUAAGUUCAAGAAAGACAAAGAGAUCAUCGCUGAAUAUGAAGCCCAAAUAAAAGAGAUCCGCACCCAGCUGGUGGAGCAGUUCAAAUGUCUGGAGCAGCAAUCCGAGUCACGGCUGCAGCUGCUUCAAGACCUGCAGGAGUUUUUCCGCCGGAAAGCCGAGAUCGAGCUGGAGUACUCCCGCAGCCUAGAGAAGCUGGCCGAGCGGUUCUCCUCCAAAAUCCGCAGCUCCCGGGAGCACCAGUUCAAGAAAGACCAGUACCUCCUGUCACCUGUGAACUGUUGGUAUCUGGUCCUGCAUCAGACCCGGCGGGAGAGCCGAGACCACGCCACCCUCAAUGACAUCUUCAUGAACAACGUCAUUGUCCGCCUCUCCCAGAUCAGCGAAGAUGUCAUCAGACUCUUCAAAAAGAGCAAGGAGAUUGGUCUGCAGAUGCAUGAGGAGCUCCUGAAGGUGACCAACGAGCUCUACACAGUCAUGAAAACCUACCACAUGUACCACGCAGAGAGCAUCAGUGCAGAAAGCAAGCUGAAGGAGGCUGAGAAGCAGGAGGAGAAGCAGUUCAACAAGUCGGGAGACCUCAGCAUGAACCUGCUCCGGCAUGAGGACCGGCCCCAGCGCCGCAGCUCUGUGAAGAAGAUUGAGAAGAUGAAGGAGAAGAGGCAGGCAAAGUAUUCCGAGAAUAAGCUGAAAUGCACAAAGGCCCGGAAUGACUACUUGCUGAAUCUGGCAGCCACCAAUGCAGCUAUAAGCAAGUACUACAUCCACGACGUCUCCGAUCUCAUCGAUUGCUGUGAUUUGGGCUUUCAUGCCAGCCUGGCCCGCACCUUCCGGACCUACCUCUCAGCCGAAUACAACCUGGAGACCUCUCGGCACGAGGGGCUGGAUGUCAUCGAGAAUGCGGUGGACAACCUGGAUUCCCGCAGCGAUAAGCACACUGUCAUGGACAUGUGCAACCAGGUCUUCUGCCCUCCACUUAAAUUUGAGUUCCAGCCCCACAUGGGGGAUGAGGUGUGCCAGGUCAGUGCUCAGCAGCCCGUCCAGACGGAAUUGCUCAUGCGGUACCACCAGCUGCAGUCCAGACUGGCCACGCUCAAGAUAGAGAAUGAGGAGGUCAGAAAAACCCUGGAUGCCACCAUGCAGACCUUACAGGACAUGCUGACCGUGGAAGACUUUGAUGUCUCCGACGCCUUCCAGCACAGUCGAUCUACAGAGUCCGUGAAAUCGGCUGCCUCUGAGACCUACAUGAGCAAGAUCAAUAUUGCCAAAAGGAGAGCCAACCAGCAGGAAACAGAAAUGUUUUAUUUUACGAAAUUUAAAGAAUAUGUGAAUGGCAGUAACCUCAUCACCAAGCUACAGGCCAAGCAUGACUUACUCAAGCAGACCUUGGGCGAAGGGGAGAGAGCAGAAUGCGGCACCACCAGCAGAAGAGAUGGAAGGCUUAGGCUGCCCCACUUUCCUUGGCUGAGCUGCCCCCCUGCUCCCCACUUUGUGUCCCACCCAGCACUUCAAGGAAGAAGAAAUGCUCGAACCAGGAACCAGGAUUCAGGACAAGCGAUACCCCUUGUAGUGGAGAGCUGCAUCCGAUACAUCAAUUUAUAUGGACUCCAGCAGCAGGGGAUCUUCAGAGUGCCAGGAUCUCAGGUCGAAGUCAAUGACAUCAAAAAUUCCUUUGAGAGAGGUGAAGACCCCCUUGUGGACGAUCAAAAUGAGCGAGACAUCAAUUCAGUUGCUGGUGUUUUAAAACUGUAUUUCCGAGGACUGGAAAACCCACUCUUUCCUAAGGAAAGGUUUCAAGAUUUGAUAUCUACUAUUAAACUGGAGAACCCAGCUGAGAGGGUGCACCAGAUCCAACAAAUCCUCAUCACCCUCCCCCGCGUGGUCAUCGUGGUCAUGAGAUACCUCUUCGCUUUCCUCAACCACCUCUCCCAGUAUAGCGACGAGAACAUGAUGGACCCCUACAACCUGGCCAUCUGCUUUGGGCCCACCCUCAUGCACAUCCCUGAUGGGCAGGACCCUGUGUCCUGCCAGGCACACGUCAAUGAAGUCAUCAAAACCAUCAUCAUCCAUCAUGAAGCCAUCUUCCCCAGCCCCCGGGAGCUAGAGGGACCCGUGUAUGAAAAAUGCAUGGCUGGAGGGGAAGAGUAUUGUGACAGCCCACACAGCGAGCCCGGCACCAUUGAUGAAGUUGACCAUGAUAAUGGCACUGAGCCUCAUACCAGCGAUGAAGAAGUGGAGCAGAUCGAAGCCAUCGCCAAGUUUGACUACGUGGGGCGGUCCCCGCGUGAGCUGUCCUUCAAGAAGGGGGCCUCCCUGCUCCUGUACCACCGCGCCUCGGAGGAUUGGUGGGAGGGCCGGCACAACGGCGUGGAUGGGCUCAUCCCGCAUCAGUACAUAGUUGUUCAGGACAUGGAUGAUGCCUUCUCCGACAGCCUGAGCCAGAAGGCCGACAGCGAGGCCAGCAGUGGGCCACUGCUCGAUGACAAGGCCUCCUCCAAAAACGACCUCCAGUCCCCCACAGAGCACAUCUCGGAUUACGGCUUUGGGGGGGUGAUGGGCCGAGUGCGGUUACGAUCCGAUGGAGCAGCCAUCCCCAGGCGCCGAAGUGGGGGAGACACACACAGCCCGCCCCGGGGCCUGGGCCCCAGCAUAGACACGCCACCCCGGGCCGCCGCCUGCCCCAGCAGCCCCCACAAAAUCCCCCUUACCCGGGGGAGGAUCGAGAGUCCUGAGAAGCGGAGGAUGGCAACGUUUGGGAGUGCUGGCAGCAUCAACUACCCGGACAAGAAGGCGCUCUCUGAAGGGCACUCAAUGAGGUCGACCAGCGGCUCCACCAGGCACAGCAGCCUCGGGGACCACAAGUCCCUGGAGGCUGAGGCCCUGGCAGAAGACAUCGAGAAGACCAUGAGCACGGCUCUGCACGAGUUGCGGGAACUUGAGAGGCAGAACACAGUCAAGCAGGCUCCAGAUGUGGUGCUGGACACCCUGGAGCCCCUGAAGAACCCGCCAGGCCCCAUCAGCUCGGAGCCCGCCAGCCCUCUGCACACCAUCGUCAUCCGUGACCCCGAUGCCGCCAUGCGCCGCAGCAGCAACUCCUCCACCGAGAUGAUGACCACUUUCAAGCCAGCCCUGUCCGCCCGCCUGGCUGGUGCCCAGCUGCGCCCGCCCCCCAUGCGACCUGUGCGGCCGGUGGUCCAGCAUCGAUCCAGCAGCAGCAGCAGCUCGGGUGUGGGCAGUCCGGCUGUGACACCCACCGAGAAGAUGUUCCCCAACAGCUCUGCGGACAAAUCGGGCACCAUGUGACCUGCUGGAUGCGUGGCACCGCCCUGGCCGAGGGUGGCCUUUUCAGCUUCCACCUGCUUCCCAAUGAUCCUGGCCUCACAGGGCAGAGACCAGAAGGUCGGCCCGGGAGGGUGUAUCUGUGCAGAGCUGAGGCCCAGGUGUUAGCCGCAGCUCACACUCAGCCAUGUGAAUCCCAUAGACCUCCCAUGUGUGGACACCCAGAGGAGCACUGGUGCAAGAGCAGCCCCCACAACAGCGUUUCCUGAGAUUGCGGCAAAAUGCUGCGUGGCUUCUCCUGCGUAUUGUCACUGGAAAACUACUCUCUCGACAUUCUGUCUACAUACGUAUAUAUGUGUGUAAAUAUAUAUGUGCAUAUAUACACAUAUAUAUGUAUGUGUCUGUAGGUGUGUGUGUGUAUAUAUAUAUUUAUGCAUCUAUAUACAUAUACUAGAUCCGGACACACACAUACUAAAAUGUAUAUAGUAUCUCCUUUUUCUUUUUAUGAAACUUAGAUUUACCUCAGACCCAUGCCACCAAACAUCUCCUGCUGAGUUAUUUGGUGGGAUUUGCAGGGACUUUUCUGGGAGAAUUUAGAGGCCCACAGUAACUGCGAAUGAAGCAAUAUACCACUAACCUGCAGAAAAACAAACAGUCUCCCACUGUCUCCAGAAGUCGUGGCCUUCCAGAAGUCUGCCCCUAAAGGAAGGGUGGGGCAGGCGGUACCCCAAGCAGGCUCUUCCUGCUUUCCAAGGUGGGGAAACCUUGAUAGAAAACCCUCGUCCAGCCCAGAGACCCUGCCCUUCCACCCGGAGGCCAAAGGCCAACUGUACCCCCGAAGGCAUGGGAGGAAGUUGGCGAGAAGACCCCGUCCACAGCAUCCUUGUGUUUGUAUGUAGACAAAGGGGAUAGUGAGAACCUAAGCCCCGUUGUAGCACAGUAUUACAUGUGGUUGGGGAAAAAGGAAAAAAUAAAUACAGUGGUGUGGCAUAUUUCAAAACCUAGAAAUGCUGUAGAAAUAAAUCUGUGGUAACUAUAGAGAUUUAACUUACA